GUAGACAACAAGCUAUGUGCCUAAAUGCGGGUCAUGUUUUUCUGCACACACCCUGUAGAUUCAUGUGUAUGUCUUAGACAUUAGUAGUCCUAACAGUUUUCAGUUACUAUCUUUGUUGUUGUUACUUCGUGACUCGAGAAAAUCCAGAUCAUUGUUGCAGGGCACGACUUUUUCGGCAAGCAAAAGGAAGUCUACGAAGCUAAUAAAUGAAGAAAAAAAGAGGAAAAAUAGUUCUUACGUUCAUGCACAACAUGCAAAGUUCCGCACUUAAUUCCGUGUGAACCGUUAUUUGAACCAGUAUUUUUUUACCGGUUUAGUUCCGGUUCAGCUCCAAGAUGGCGUCGACUCUUUUGGUUCGGUUCAGUUCCGGUUCGGCCAAAAAUAACGGUUAAUAACGGUUUUCGGUUCGGGUUCAGGUUCGGUUCGAUUCUCUGGUGCUAGCAACCAUCCGGGUCGGGCGGGCGCCUCAAUAGAUCCGGGCUCCGUCCUCGGCUGCCCUCCUCUUCUCGCCGGCCCUGCCUGCAAGACACUCCUCGUACUAACACCGUCUGGAAACAAUUUCCUUUGAACCUCCUGAUCGAUCACGCUGCUAUCACGGGCUCUUUGUUCUGAGCGGGCGUCUCUUGAACACUACCGGGAUAAAACAUCUGAUAAAUAUGUCGCAAAUGAAAAACAUCGGCAGUAAUCCUUGGACAAUGCGACGACACCAAUUGUUUGCAAUCCCCUAUGGUAUAGCUCGCGGGCUAUGCCGCUCGACUGAGAAUCUCUGCGAUGAAUCCCGACUUUAACCAAAGAACUCUACAGUACUCUAGUAGAUGAGUGAGCGGAAUCUUCUGUUGUCCUUUUGUAACACAACUCCUCCGCACGUCCCUACGUUUGUUUUCUCGAUAUUGAUGUCAACUAGUAUUUAUUUGCCUAAAUAUAGUGAGAUUACAGCACAACUAACUGCAUCGUUUCGGGUGCUCACCUGCCGACGUAUCAGUUGUAUCGCACAAGAUAAUCUCUGCACAUGCACAUUUUGGUCCUGACUGAAUGACUUGACAUUAUCUAAAGCUAACUUAGACGGACACUGUAGUAAGAUAACGCACUCACUUCAAACCUAUCGGUUGGAAGACGACAAAGAUACAUGCAUCUUGAUCUGGGGAUGCCAAAAUUCCAAGUAAUACCACUAUCUCCACGAUAAGUCUAAUCUCCUCAAUUGCUGUAUGAGCGUGCCAGUGACUUAAGCUGCAAUAAAAUCCACACUUCGACAGGCCUCGUUCGCUGGUCAAUAUCUCCCUCGCCGGCGUCUGGAAGAUUCGAGAACCUGCAGCGAACGCGGCGGGUAUCGUUCUUGUGAAAGCACGCACUUUCGACUUUCGUAUCAAGUUGCCGGGCCUUUGUGUCAUUGUUGAUGCUAAUCUCUCGCUUCGGGAUAUCGCUGCAGCGACGGGAAGUCACCUGUGAGACGACAGCAUUCUGCGUAGUGUUGUAGCACGGACGUUGAGGGCGAGGCGUCUAGCAGCUGCGUCCGAGGGUAGGGCUUCCAGAAACGUUUCGCCGUCGCCGCACCUGCAGUGCGCCGGCUCCGCAGUGACGAAAGGAUUUAGAGUGAAGGACAAUGGUGAAGCUGGUUGGGGUGUCAUGGUUGCCGAUCGCCUUCGGGUUGACGCUGUCAGGUGGUUCGUUGUUGACGAUGAUGUGGGCAGUGUUGCGUGGUGACGUCACACCGUACUUGCCGUUUGUCAGUGAUGCUGGCACGGAUCCUCCUCAAAGCGGGUUCUUUUCAAUUUGUCUUUACAUCACCUCUGUUCUAGGUCUUUUAUGUGUGUUGGUGCGCUUCCUCACCAUUCGCUCCUUCAACGGACACUUCAGCAGAAAACUGGACGCGCUGAACACAGUGGCAGCAAUCAUUGCUGUUCUAGCUUUCUUCGGAAUGGCAGCAGUAGCUGCGUUCCCCACGUCUUUGGUGCCGCCUGCCCAUGCAGUUGCUGCCAACCUGCUGUUCUUCGGCAUAAUUUGCUAUGAGGCACUGCAAACCGUCAUGUCGUUUUCGAUGUGUCCAAAUUUUAAUGGACGCCUCAUAGCUACAAUCCGGCUGGGCAUUACUGUCUACAGUAUCUGUGGCGUCAUCAUCAGUAUCCUUUUGACUGAACUUUACCUGACAAGAGGAAAGAUGCGAAUGUAUGUGAACAAAGUGCAGAUCAUGAGUGCAGCUUCUCGAGCUAAGGUAUUCUCAAAGUUCUUGUCUGAGGCUGCCAUGACUCCUUGUCAUAACAAGACCACCAACCGAAAAACAGACGCCCCACUGGUGCACUGCUGGGCAGCCCAACAUUGUACUUCCCGAACACCUCGAGCACACAAGGAAGAUCUUUCGAGCAUUCUAACGACUCUGAAGUGCUGGUCGAUACCCACAAUUCGUACUCCUUUUCCCAUGGCGCAAGAAUUUUUCUCCUUCCACAUUCAAAUGUAAAAAAUCUGUACCGAAAAAUGUACCGAGCUGAAUCGAGUGUUUGGGUAAUCAUUGUGAAAAAAAAAAAGAAAGAAACGGUGUGGAACUGACCUAAACUUUAAACAUUGGGCCUUCCCAGAUAGCGUUCAAAGUAAUUCCGAAAGUAAUUCAAAAUGCGUUACGCGUUACUUGUAAAAGUAAUUCAAUUACAGUUACAAUUACAUAAAACAAUGUAAUUCUGGAAGUAAUUAAUUACUAAGAAAGUAAUUAAUUACAGUAAUUCAAUUACAUGUAAUUCAUUACUUUACAGGUCUCGCGAGACAACUAUGAUCAUGAGUGACACAACAGUGCUUGAUCUAUAGGCAGGGGCAAAUGCAGACCCUCACUUUGGGUUCCUUGACGAAGCGCGUAACCGGGGAGAGGGAGAAAACUAAUAAGUUGCCACUACGACUAAAUCUCGUGUCUUCAGAAUCCCACAAAAGUUAUCUUACUGAAAUCUUCUUGUCUCACUUUACAUUCCUGCAAAAUACCUUUGCUCUACGAGACGCGAAAGCUAGAGAAAAGUAAUUUUUAUGUUUGAGAACUGUGGACGUCGUGUUAGGCUACGACGGAGCGCCCGGCUGUCAUCUGGCAACGUUGUUGCCCUUGGCGUCUUCCGGGGGGGCUCACUUUUUGCACUCCGUAAGCGGAGCCCCACGUGACAUGUCCUCCGACCUUCGAGAAAACACAAGGAGGGAGAUGACAUCUAUCCAUGGAGGAAACACAGGAGCGGCUCUUCCAAGGCUUCCAAGUUUUUGCCAUGGGGACGGGCGUGCCAGCCUCGCAUUGCACUCUGGGAUGCUCCUAUCUACCAUGUGACCGCUCACCUGACCCCAAGAGCAUGCGCAGGCCAGCUCCCUAAGCAGACGACGGGAGUCGGUUGGUAGAGCCCUGGACCGGCAAUCCAGAAGAUGUGGGUUCGAUCCCUACAGCUGGCUAACCUUUUCAGUGACUUUCAUCUUUGAUCGUUGGAGUCGUGAUUGCAGCUCAGACUGUCAGGUAUCUGCCUUGUUCGUGAUGAGCGGCGCGCGUUCAGUUUUAUUUCUGUGUGUUCGGAGGCUUACUCUUGGUUUACCCUUCUACUACAAGACCGGUCACGGUCUGCAGGACAAGCAGGCAGUACCAGAAACAUCAUUCGUGGCAGUCACGUUUCUGUGACGACGUGGCCACGUUUUGUGUUUGUUGUUGAAGUGGUAAAGCAUGCCAGUAAUCAAACUUAUACAACAAUGAAGGAAAUCAGAUGAAUCUGCAGCUGUAGCACAGCGCUAGCUUGCAAACGAACGAUUCAAGAUUACUCUCUCACAGACAGGGAUACGAAACAAUCCGAUCAAGUACGUACUUACGAAUGAAACGUUAUUCCCGUGACAGGGGGAGCUGCUUUCUGUUGAACGACAGCCGCAACCGCGGUAAGAACACGUUAACAAAAUGUUGUUUCCGCAAUGGUGCUCACAUUUUAAGAGUAAAUGACUUUGGAAAAGCAUAAAAGCACGGAAAGCAGCGCGAGCAACAAAGUGUUGCUAAACCGAAACUUGAGAGAGGAUCACGUGGUGGACAGGAAGUAAUGGCGGUUUUGACAGGGGCGACCGCCAGAGGGGUCCCACGGAAAUCUGUUGGAAACGGCCGCUAACUUUUUGCCACUGGGACGGGCGUCCCAGCUUCGCACUGAAUUCUGGGAUGCUCCUGUCUACCAUGUGACUGCUCACGUGACCCCAAGAGCAUGCGCAGGCCAGCUACCAAAGCAGACGACGGGAGUCGUGAUUGUCUUGCGGUUCAGAUAUCUGCAUUGUGAUGAACGCCACGCGUCCAGUUUUAUUUGUGUGUGUUCGGAAGUUUACUCGGUUUACCCUUCUACUGCAAGACCGGUCACGGUCAGCGGGACAAGCACGUAGGACCAGAAACAUCAUUCGUGGCAGCGACCUUUGUGUGAAGAUGUGGCCACGUUUUGUGUGUUUGUAGCUGAAGUGGUAAAGCAUGCCAGUAAUCAAACUGAUACAACAAUGGAGGAAAUCAAAUCAAUCUGCAGCUGUAGCACAGCGUCCGUUUGUAAGCGAACGAUUCAAGAUGACUCUCACAGACAGGAGUACGAAACAACCGAUCCAGUACGUACUUACCAAUGAAAUGUUAUUCCCGUGACAGAGCUGAUUUCUGUUGAACGGCAGCCGCAACCGCGGUAAGAACACGUUAACAAAACGUUCCCGCACUGGUGCUCACACUUUAAGAGUAAAUGACUUUGGAGAGGCAUAAAAGCACAGAAAGGAGCGCGAGCAACAAAGCGUUGCUAAAUCGAAACUUUAGAGAGGAUCACGUGGUGGACAGGAAGUAAUGGCGGUUUUGACAGGAGUGCCCGCCAGAGGGGUCCCACGGAAAUCUGUUCGAAACGGUCGCUCCUGUGUUUCCUUCCUCCAUGCAUCUAUCCCAUUUUCGCCUCUUUCUGUCAGCGUCACGUGACUUCUCCACCACGUGGCCCUCCUCGGACUCGGACGCCGGCGUCGUGGCUCUCUAUCGUGGCGGGCUAGAUUUUGAACUUUUCGCUAUCCCGUAACGCUUGCUAAACGCUCGUGCUCCCCGGUUGACGGCCAAUGCGCGUGACGGAAUGAGCGCGCGAAUUUUGAAAAAUAGCUGUCACGAUCGCUAUGUGCAGAUCAAGAGAUCAAGAUUGAGCCCAGUGCCCUCUCCGGACAUGACAUCGUCGCAAUUUGUGAACUUACGAUUACGUCACCGCUCCUGGCGUCAUCGAAACUCGUGGGGGAUCAGCAGAUCUUCAAAAAUUGACAGAAAUGCACAGCGUUCGCCAACAGGAUUAAAAUUUCGCGUCUAGAAUCCUUGAGGCAUCUUCUUUUCAUGGAUUAAAUAAAAUAAACGCUGUUUUCCGAGUCCGGAGUGGCACUUUAACCAAAUGUUUUGGGGCAAUCCCCCCUCUUUAUGUACUGUCCCCGCCGCGGUGAAACACCCCAUGUCAUCAUCCAGUUGUUGUUGGUGGGAUCUGCCACUGAGCUGUGGAUUAACUUUGCCCACCCGAAAUCUCAGCACGCAGCAGACGGCGCAACUCGUACCCUGCCACCAAGCAUCCUGGCGUCCUCGGCCACGCUUGAAAAGUGUCAGAUGGGCUGUCAAGGAAACCGCCCAGUACUUUUUUUAGGAGGUGUAAAAGUGAAAUACUUGUAAAAAUUUAAGUUCUUAUCUGUACCAGCGCAGCUAUUGUAUUUUCUACAGUACACAUGUUUCCAUGACA